CACACAUCCAAAGCACACACACAGAAAGCAGCUGUUGCAGGGCAUUGAUCCACCAGUGCCAUGAUUAAACAUUUAAAUGCCAAAGCUGAUUGUUCAGUGAAUUUUCAGCACCAGGACUGGAUUUAUCUACAUUUCUCACAUCUGCACAGAACGGGUAGAUCAAUAAAUCAUGUCUGAAAACAGCUGCUAAUGAGCCAGUUGACAUUAAAGCCCUGGAGAAGAGCUUUGAGCCACCUGCAGCGAGCUCAACUAGCAAUCUUUCCCCAGUCCUGCAGGUCGUAAUGUGUACAACAGACAUUCUACGAUAACAAGACUUGUCCUCUGCCAGCAGCAUCACGGAUAAAUCUGGAUCAACUGUGGGUUAAUUUGGUGUCUACAAGAGAGCAGAAUGUCUAAUAACAUGGCCAAGAUUGCAGAUGCACGAAAAACAGUGGAACAACUCAAACUGGAGGUUAAUAUUGACAGGAUGAUGGUAUCCAAAGCAGCAGCUGAGCUGAUGGCUUACUGUGAGUCCCAUGCAAAAGAAGACCCCCUGGUGACCCCCGUACCAUCUUCAGAAAACCCCUUUAGAGAGAAAAAGAUUUUCUGUACAGUUCUGUAGAUGUUGCUUAUACUCCACAAUGUUCAUUGUAUUAUUUUCAAGAUAUUCCCAAGCCUAAUUUUUCAAAUUUUUUUGAUUCCAUAAAUGUUAGUUAAAUGUUAAUAAAUGUGAACAAUCUCCCUAGGCUAAAAGAACAGGUUUCUUCCUGUUUUGGAAUUUUCAUUCAUCGAGAUCAUCGUUCAGAUUAGAAUUUACCUCAUGGUGGCGCUACGGUUUAAAAAUGUUUGUUUAUCUCUAUUCAUCCAUACAGCUGCUAUGAGUGUUUGGUGAGGUUGCUCAGCCUACACAACAGCAAUAAAACAAGA